AUGGCUUACACAUCUUAUAAGUCACUAGGUUUUCUUGAUGAAUCUGUAGGAUUCUUAAUACUGGUAUUUUUACUUUAUUCAACAACCAGAUUAAUUAUUAAGCUUCCUCUUUCUAUCGUAUACUCCAUCGCAAUCCAAAUUACACUCUCUAUUGUAGCUUUCUGCUUAAUAAACUUUCACAAGUUUAUAAUACAUAUAAAUCAUCUCAUUCAUCCCAGAUAUGGAGCUAACAGAGGUCACAAUCACAUUGCUUUCAAAAAGGGCCUUCAGCCCAGCAAUGGUUCUAAACAAUAUCUUAUCGAUACUGAUCUUCUAAAAUCGAAUCCUAAUGGUAAAAUAGUUUCAUAG